UAGAGGAAGGUCCCCGCAUCAGCGUUUAGAUAAGUCAUUCUCGCAAGCGCCACUAGGCAAUAUUUGCUGCUGUAUUGACUGGGCGCCUCGGAACUCCGGGAAGUGCAAGGAAGUCGAAGCCUCGAAGGAACGACUAUCUUCAUAUUCCUAUACCGUCUGCCUCGAGACUAUGAAAAACGCUGUGCUGAUCGCGGGCGCGCCGGUGAGUGAUGCAUGCACGCAAGACUUGCCAGAAGCCUUUGAGUGGCAUUAAAACUCGAGGUCGAGAAAACUCAUAUCUGCAGUGCAACUAACAGCCCAGUCUAGUUUGUCGUCUAACCAAUCAUCGGAGAUGUUCCAAGCAGGAUGAGCCCAUUGUUGUACUACAUUCGUCUGGUAUUUCGUUCUUCAAUUUUUGCAUGUUCUUCUACGUCCAUGCGCACGUCGCAUAUCGCAUGCAUCAUUCUCAUGGUACUCGUGUUGUUACCAUACACAUGCUACACCGUACACAAUGAACCACGCUCCUUCCUAUUGACCCAGUUCUCUCGACAUUUACAUGUAAACCCGCCCAAACGAACCUGCAAUAUCCAAACAUGCUCCCCGCGGAACUGCUGCUGCAAUCUCCUGUUUGUUCAAUCCACAUUGGGAGGUGCCUUAUACACCCUUGUAUCCAUUUGUUUCACUCGACGCCAUUCGGAUAACCUUUUUCGUUGCACAAUGAUCGAUGCCCUCAAAAAUCUGUUACCCAGUCACCUUUCUACCCUGUCGAACACGACGUUCGCUCAAACUACUCCAAAUUCGAAUGCAAUGCUAUAUAUACAUACUAUAGAUGAUGAAUCAUCGGGUGGUACCCAGAACGGGAGCCGACGAUUUGGUUUCAACACCCAUCCAUCAUCUCCCAGUAAAAACGUGGGGUCAUCAUGGUGGGUGCUUGUGAGUGGUUUAGCAGUGUCGCGCAGUGCCGCAUGUGUCGAAUUUGAUGAGAAGGGAAUGAAGUCAUUGUCCAUAGUGCUGAGCGUGGGGAUAGCUGUUGUUGGAUGUGAGAUGCAACUGCCAUGCGGGGAGGAUGCUGAAGAGUCUUCUUCGGCGUGGUCCUGCAAUGAUUUCCCAAUCGCUGAAUACCAGACCCGGACAGGACCAGCCUCCUGCGAAAAAGAAAUGAUGCGAGUCCUAUCCCGCGAGAAAGAAACUGCUUGGACCGACUCAGUGUACCCCCGCAAGGGCAGACCAAUUGGCUGCCUCGUCGCUGUCUCCCACAGCCGGGCAGUCUUAUCGUACGAACCAGAAACGAUGCGAGUCCCAUCCGGCGAGAAUGAGACUGAGUUAACCGACUGAGUGUGUCCCUCUAAGGGCUCACCGACUGGCUGCCUUGUCGCUACAUCCCAUAGCCAGAUA